ACAUAUUCUUUUGAAUCAAAGAACAAACCAACAGAGAAUCCACUCCUCAUCCCCAAAGAGAUCAAGAAAUAGACCGACGAUCCGAUACAGAAAACCCUGGUGCGGUUACAUACACCGAGAACACGAAGAAGCGUUGGUGCUCCCAUUAACUCGUUGCAGUUAGGGAAAACAGCAGAGAACUCCGAAACACCACUUGCGUUGCCUCUUCUUCUCCCUUGCGUCUCUUCCUCGUCCUUUUUCCUACCCUACUGUACUUUGGAGACUCCUCCCGAUUUUGUCUCUUUGGCGGGGUCUCUACGUCAACGAUGCAUCUCUCGGAGAAUGUUUCCUCUCUCUGAAACCCUGACGGACUCUUGAAGCAAAAUUCACCAUAUCCGUCUUCUUCCAGGGCCACCUGCUGUGCUGUUUGUCCCCUGGCGAAGCAAUCCAUCCAUCUUUCGGCGGCGCUCCAAGAAGCUCGCAGAAGCUGGGGGCCGUGGAUUGUCAAGAAACAUAGCAAGAAGAAGAGUACCCCAAGAAGAACUAGCCAGCAAAAAAAAAAACUUGAUCCAUCCUCGCACAGGCAAGGCGGAUCGCCGAUCGAUCGGGAUAUGGAGCAGCUCCGUCAGCUCGGCGAGGCGGUGGGAAGCAUCAACGCGCUCAUGGCGUUCGAGCCGGACAUCCGCAUCAACCCUCGGCAGUGCCGCCUCCUGGCGGACGUCUGCGCGCACGCGCUGGACGCCGUGACCGGCGAGGUCCGCGCCCACCUCCGUUUCGACGAGCGCGGCACCACCAAGUGGCGCGCCCUCGACGCCCCGCUCCGGGAGCUCCACCGCGUGCUCCGCGACGCCGAUGGCUACGUCCGGCAGUGCCUCGACCCGCGCCCAGGCAGCUGGUGGGGCCGGGCCGCGGCCAUGGCGCACGGCACGGACUGCGUCGAACACCUCCUCCACAACGUCCUGUGGUGCGUCUCGGUCGCGAUCGAGGCCGUCGAGACCGCCGCGGAGGUCACCGCGGGCUCCGACGCGGACGAUCUCGCGCAGCGGACGCGGGUGCUGCUCGCCAAGAAGUACGACGGGGACAUGCUCGAGCCCAAGACGUUCCAGCACGCGCACGGUAAGCUGUAUCUGGUCUCCCGAGAACUCGUCGCUCGGAUGGAUGCCGCGUGGAAGGAGGACAGGUGGGUGCUGGCGCAGCUGUUCGACGAAAUGACGGGCCCGGCGGCGCCGAACAAGCGCCUGACGAAGAACGAGCACCGCCUCGCCGAGGUCCUGGCCGCGCCGAGGGGGACGCUGCACCCGGCGUCCAUUCUGCUUGGCGGCGACUACAGCGUCCGGAGGCGGCUCGGCGGCCGGCUCAAGGAGGCGCAGUGGAUGGGGGAGAGCUUCGCGGUGAACCAUUUCAUCGGGGGCGGCGAGGCGGUCAGCGCCGAGGUCGCGCUCCUGUCCUCGGUGGCGCACCCUAACGUGGCACACGCCUCGUACUGCUUCCACGACGAGGAGCGGAAGGAGUACUUUGUCGUGAUGGACCAGCUCAUGGCAAAGGACCUGGGGAGCUACAUCAAGGAAAUGAGCUCCCCACGCCGGCGGACGCCGUUCACUCUGGCCGUCGCCGUGGACAUCAUGCUGCAGAUCGCUCGCGGGAUGGAGUACCUGCACGGCAAGAAGAUUUACCACGGCGAGCUGAACCCGUCCAAUGUGCUCGUCAAGCCGCGGCAACCCGACGGCGGCUACGUGCACGUCAAGGUCGCCGGGUUCGGGCAGUCGGAUGGCACAAAAGCGUCUGCUAACGCCAACGCCAACGGCGACGACAACACCUGCAUCUGGUACGCGCCGGAAGUGCUCAAGCCGGAGGGCGUACCCGUGGCGGACGCGGAGGCCAGGUGCACGGAGAAGGCCGACGUGUACAGCUUCUCGAUGAUCUGCUUCGAGCUGCUGACCGGCAAGGUCCCGUUCGAGGACAACCACCUGCAGGGCGACAAGACGAGCAAGAACAUCCGCGCCGGCGAGCGGCCGCUGUUCCCGUUCCAGACGCCCAAGUACCUCACCGCGCUGACCAAGCGGUGCUGGCACGCCGACCCGGCGCAGCGGCCGGGCUUCUCCUCCGUCUGCCGUGUCCUCCGGUACGUCAAGCGGUUCCUUGUCAUGAACCCGGAGAAGGAGAACCAGCAACAGCAGCAGCAGGCUGGCCAGCAGGCCGACGCGCCCGUGGCGCCGCCCGUGGACUACCUCGACGUCGAGAUGCAGCUGCUGAGGAGGCUCCCGGCGUGGCAGCGAGGCGAGGGCGCGCGCGUCUCGGACGUCCCGUUCCAGAUGUUCGCGUACAGGGUCGUGGAGAGGGAGAAGACUGCGGCCACCGUGCACGCCAAGGACAGGGCAUCCGACUCAGGCAGCGAAGGGAACUCGCUGUACGGCGACGAGAACGGCGUCGUGGCGAUGUCUCCGGACCACGCGGCGGCCCCCGUGUCGAGCGUCACCGUUCGGUCGGUGCCGGAUAGCAGCGACGGCAAGAAGCUGCCGUCGGCCAAGAAGGCGGACGGCAGCAACAGCAAGGCGUCCAAGCAAGCAGGGUCUGCGCAGAAGGUGAAGGCCGCAAAUCAGGCGAAGGCUCUGCAGCCACCAAGACGAACGCUCGGCGUGAAGACCGAAGGCAUGUAAGUAAUGGGAAGCCGGAAGCGGGCGCCGUCCGUCAGAUGGCAUGGAAAGUUAUAUCCGCGGACAGUACGAGCUCGUUGUGAUUUGGGGGGGUUCGAAUGCCGUAGAGUGAUUUUGAUGCACAAGUUUUCUUUUCUGGCUUCGUCAAGACAGGUCUUAUCUUUGUUUUAGAUUUGUUUACUUGGUUGUGAGAGCAGCAGGUUAUAAAAGUGGUCCAUGCGCUUUUCAGUUAUCAGUCAAAUCUAGUCACUACUCCUGCAGUUUGAAAUCACAACACUCGUAUUUGGGAGAUUGAUUCGUUGUUUUGCCAA